GCAAUUCCAGGUAGCAGUACGGCUUGCGUGGUGCUCCUCAACGCCGAGACCUGCCACCUCUACACCGCCAACAUCGGUGACAGCGGCUACAUGGUGGUGCGACGCGGCGAGGUGGUCCGUCGCUCCGAAGAGCAACAGCACUACUUCAACACGCCCUUCCAGCUGUCGCUGCCGCCGCCUGGAUACAGGCAGGAGGUGCUCUCCGACAGACCAGAUUCGGCAGUCACAGAGGAUUUUCCGGUAGAGGACGGGGACGUGAUCCUGGUGGCUACCGAUGGGGUGUUCGAUAAUUUGCCGCAUAACCUUAUCGUCAACGAGCUCGUUAAGGUACAAGGCGAAAGGUGUGCUAGCCGCCUUCAGAUGGUAGCCAAUUCUAUAGCUUGGAUGGCAAGGAAUCUCUCUUUCGAUGAGACUUUUAUAUCACCAUUUGCCGAAAGCGCCUUUGCUAAUGGUAUUAAUACGAUAGGUGGUAAACCAGAUGAUAUAACCGUCAUCUUGGCAACGGUUGCAAUAUGAAGCCUUCAAGAAAGUAGAGAAAUUUUCAUGGCUAGAACCUGCUGGUAAACACGUUGUAUACCUAAGUUAAGUAUGUAUUAGUAAAUUAUGGUUUUCAUUUUGCAUUUCAUUGUAUAUUCAACCAUCUUUACUUUCGAUUACGAGUAGAUUGUGAUUUUAUCAUUCGAACUGGAGUGCGCGUUUUGACGAUUUGGGCGUCUUUGUCGUGGACGUUUGAUGGCACAAAUCGUUUAUAUCUUUCAACUGGUUUACAAGAACAGGUGACGAUUGUCAUUGUCCAUUCAGGAGGAGGUGGAGAACUGUCAAUUAUUUUUCAGGCGUCAAUGGAUGAGAAAUAUUUCUUCCAGACUAUGGAGUUGAAUAGCACACUGUAUGUAACAUGUAACAACCUGAAGAACAUCAUUUAGACAAAUUUUCUAGGGAGAACCAAAGAUCUAAUUUUAUAAUGUACCUACUAGAUUCUGCUAUUCGCGAUAGAAAAUAACACAUCGCCCCAGGUUUGUUUUGAUGAUAUGACCAAUAAGCACAAACAAAAAGCAAAUGUGAACCAAUGAAAACAAAGUAAACAGGCCGCUUUGACAGCUCUCAAGAACUCCGAUAGGUGGCGUACGCUUAUUUUCUAUCGCGAAUAUCGCGCCUAGAGAGAAAGAUAGACAGAAAGAGAGAGAGGGGGCGAAGGGGGUUGAAAACAACUUGAGAGACAGGCUCGGAGACAGGCGAAGGUUGUUAUUAGAUCUUUGGGGAUAUACCCAUUCAUGACUGAAAACAAUCUCAUGGCUGUUAUGUUAUUGCUGAAACAGUAGUUAUGCAACAAUCAUAUUGUGCUGGCAUUGCUUCGCAAAACUUUCUCAAAAUUGUAUCAGCAGACCAGGUUGAUGAAUUCAUGUGACCUAUACUUGUAAAUCAGGUCAUUAUACAGGGUUUUCCAAAUUUUACCAGCGAUAAUUUGGGUUCUUGAAAGUGUAAUAAUCAAUGACACAUCACAUGUUGAACUUAAAUAAUUAUUUGUAUAAGUUAUUUUUUUAUGAUUAGCUGAUCCAUAGCUGCAUUUGAAAUGAAAUUUUAAACGAAAUUUGAAACAUUGCAAUAUUGCAUAUUACACUUUUUUUGUUAUACAAGGUGGGAUUAUAGUGGGCCAGAAUUCGAUUGGUAGAGUCCUAUGGUAGAUAAAAACAGGAUAAAAGAAUAUAUGUAUAACCAAAAUUUACUGCCGUAUAUACAGGGGGCACGACCCAACGGUGCAUUUUCGUAUAAAGGUAAGUUGAUUUCAAUCGUUCUAUCAUGGAAGCAAUGGGUAGUUUUCUCCCAUGUGUGUUUAAUCAAAUUUAUUCACACGCCGGAGAGAAUGGAUACCUUUGAUAUAUUUAAAUAGCUAUCAAACCAAAUAUUGACAAAUGCCUCUGAUAUUUUCUAGAAAAACUUUGAAGUACUAAGAAGUUUUGAAUUGAAAAAAAAAUUACAAUUGUCAUUCAAAAUAUCUAAAACAGCAUAAAACAUUUUUGGUUUUGACCUUCAAAUUUUGAAUUAUUUACGUUGGAGCUUUUUGAAUGUGUGUGGACCAUGUCCCUGCAAAUUGCAUUCGGAUUUUCAAUUUUGAAGGACCAAAAUAUUGCAAAAAUGUCAAUAUUUUUGAAAAAAGAUCUCCCCUCAAGGCGUAGGAUCUGGAAUUCACUGUUAAAAACCGCUCUGUUCGUCAGUUUAGCUCGAAUAUUCAUUAAAAAGCAAAAAUAUGGAUCCCUUAAUUCUACUGUUUUUUCAGUUUUAGAAAUUAUUGCUGGUGGAAUUCGGAAGACUGUAUAUUACUUGUUGCUAGAUUUUUUGUUCAUAGAUCAAUUUAUACUUACGUUUAACUUUUUGUAAAUUGCGAUUUUUGCAAAAUUCGACUGUAAUUUCCAUCACGGAAUGAGAAAUAUAAUCUUUGUGUUUUUGUUGAUAUUAUUUUACUUGAUAAAAAAUGAAAAUUUCCAAUUGGAAAAAACUGUUGAGGAAAUAAAAACUUCUAUAACACU